AUGAUAUCGAAAAGGAAAUACGACUCUUCAUCGCGUCAAAAGCAACGCCGCGAGGCCGAGGUAGACGAGAAGCUCCGUUCGCUCAACAUCUCGCUAUGUCAAUACCUCCAGUGGUACUUCAACCCAGACACGACAGCCCUUCAGGUCUUGACGCAUCGCCCAAAGCUUUUCAACGGUCACUGGGCCAGCUUCGAACACGUGCUCAAUCUGAUCGUAGAAGUCGGCCGACAAAGUAGCAGCAAAGGACGAGAUCGCAUCAACACGUAGAUUGCCAAGCAGGUAGGUAAUGCUAGCCAUCUACCACAACUUCACAACCCCAAAUGAUCGACCCCCGAGAUUGUAGCUACAUCGCGUUAUCUUAACAGUCUGACUCGAUCAUUGUUCAGGAGAUGAAGAGAUCAAAGCCAACUUAUGUUCCCAGCCACGAGAUCACACCCGGCCGUCUGACAUCCGACUGCAUCGACGAAGGGCUCGACAAAAUUGCAGACGACAAUCAGUUUCUUUUUGGUCGAAUUCAAAACCUACUCUCUCGGUGCGCAGAUACUGCCUGGAGAGAGCCGAUCGAUGGCGUCGUUGCCAAUCGUACCGCGCAAGAUGAGGUCAUGGAAGAUACCGAUGGUCAUGGUGUGCAAGAACACGGCACUGAGUCGCAACAUCGUAGGGAACAGCACUUGUUGUUUGUGAGUUCUCAACCGUCGUUUGUCUUGUUGUGCUCACACUUCAGACUUCGCACUGACAGUGUCCGCUUUCCAGCUUUCACGCACUCUGAUGGGGCAACUCGCGUACACUUGCAAUCGUCGGUGCAACGCCAUGCAACAUCGUAACGGUUUUUUCGCCUUGGCAUGCGGCGCAAGCGAGCGCUUGACAACUUUUCUGCAAGAGUGA